AUUCCGCCGAACACGCAUGACGGCCUCCCAGCGCCGCCUCUCGCGCAUGUCGAUCACGAUCCCGCCGCCGGUGCUGUCGCCGACGCGCGACUCGGAGCUCUCGACCCGCUUUUCCUCCGGUCGGCUCUCGACGCUCUCGGCCAAGGACGCGUCCGACGACGACGUCGCCAAGGCCUGUGCCACGUGCCACGAAAAGUUUACCGUGUUUCGCCACCGCUACGCCUGCCACUACUGCAGCCUUGUCGUCUGCCGCAAGUGCUCGAUCGCGCUCCGCGACGUGGGCGCUGACGCGGUCUUGCUGCCAACGCCGACGAUCUCGGAAGCCGACGACGACCGCCACCACUCGGCGCCGAACGUCUUGUCACCGCCCAUGUCCCCGCACUCGGCGAGCGACACGUCGCAUGACUCGGCGCUCCUCUCCAUGUCGUCGCGCUACAGCACGUCGUCAAACCCGUCGCCGUCCGGCCAUCACCGGCUCCGCGAACGCUGCUGCAAGGGCUGCUCGGUCUUUACGUCGACGUCCAAGCCAUCGAAAGAAUGCCAGCUCUGCCACGACCCACUCACGCUCUUGAAGAAGAAGACCAAGUGCGCGAUUUGCCAGCGAUUCGCCUGCAAAAAAUGCGGCGACGACGUCGACCCGACCGCAUAUGACCUCACGCCCGACGACCUCCCGCCGUCGUCGACCGCGUCGACCAAGAAGAGCAAGAAGGCGACCAAGGCGGAGCCCAUCACUGCGUGGGUCUGCACCGAGUGCACUUCGGGGCACAACGCCGCAAAGGAACGGCGUCUGGCGCACUGCCACGUAUGCAAAUCGAAGUUUCACCACUUUCAGCGCAAGUGCACAUGCCAUGCGUGCAAGCAGCUCAUGUGCCUCCAGUGCUCGUUUGUGCUCGACGGCCCACUCGCCCCCGCCCCCGAGGCCACCGGUUCGAUCCUCCACGACGUCCGCGAGUGCAAGCCGUGCCAUGAAAAAGCGCUUGGUAUCAAGCACGCCGCCAUGGCCCGAAGCGUCCCCACGUCGUCGUCGGCGCUUGGCGUCUCGCUCCAGUCAGCCUUUGAGUUUACAAAGGCGGCUAGGUCGUCGGCCCUCGGCGGCACGCUGCACACCUUUGAGCGCAACUGCGCGAUCGUGCUCAUGCUCAUCGGGUCUGUCACGGUCGUUCUCGCACUCCUUGUCGCGUACUACGUCUGCUUUGCCGCCGUGGUCCCGGAAGAAUGGGUCCUCAGCCACUACGCCCACGAGCCAUGAUUAUCUAUAUUAACAAACUAGGCAAUAGACAUUCGAUUUACUAUUUA